GACACUUCUGGCAGACUUGAAACAAUUCACAAAUCAUUAGUUUGUUUUGCCCUUUCCCUUGUUUCUACUGCACCUAUAAAUUAAGAAGAUUGGGGAAUCUGUUGACCCAUCUGGAAAAGAAAAGGAAGCAAUACACUGCUUCCCUUAAAAAUUUCUUCUACGAAGCAGAAGAGAAAAUAGGGAAAGCUUUCAUAGACCACAGCUAACAAGCAAGACAAGAUACUGUCAGUGGAGUUCAAAUGACCUUAAAAAAAAAGAAGGCGGGGGGGGAAGGAAGUCUAGCUGCAGGUUGUUCAUGCAAGUGGAGGAGAACAGUGGACAGCAUGCAAAUAGGAGGAGAAACUAAGCAAUGGAAGAAACUUUUGAAUAGGAUUACAAUGAUGACCAAGCAUAAGAGAGAUGAACAAGGAGGGAAUGAUGAACAGAUGGAAGAGGGAGGAUAAAGCAAAGAGCAAAUAUAGACAGUGUAAAGACAAAUCAUUUAUUACAUUGAGGUAACUAAAAAUACAUAUAUAAGUCCCAUCCUACCAUUAGUUUUUUAUGUAGGAAAUUUUGGUGAGUUGCUAUAGAGAUAGGUUUAUAACUGUGAAACUCAUAAGAGUGUCCACAACCUGACAUUGAUAAUAAGAUUCAGACUCUUUUUUAUCAUUUUUAAUUUAUAUAAACAGAAUAUAUAUCUAAUUACAAUGCUAAUAAAUAAUUUGAAAAUACCAUUUUACAGCAUGAAAGCAACAGAAAAAGAAUGUGUUGAAAAAGAAAGCAAUGUUUUAAUAAUUUCUGAGUUUGAAAGUAAUAUUUUAAUGAUCUUUCAAUUCUAAUAACUUCUGGUAUUAUUUAUAAUGAUUUUUAAUGUAUUUACAUUUAGAAAUGCUAAAUCAAGUGUCCUUUUAAAACGGCACUGUAUGUAUACACCCAUGCUUUGUUCCUUCCCAACAGAUGAACCAUUCAGGAAAAGAUGACAAAUAUUUCUUCUGUAAGAACUAAUUUUAAUCUCUUAAAGUGAGACUUUUCUUGGCUCUUUAUCUUAAUUGGACUUGUAGGUAGUAGAAUAGUAUUCUAGUUUGAAAAUAUCUAUUCUACACCAUAGAAAUUUUCUGAAUGAUAGUUAUUAUUUGCUGAUUUCACAUGAAACAUCUAACUGAAGAGCCAAAUGCUGUAGACAUUUAACAACCAGAACAAUUUAGAAGAGUGCCAAAUUAAAUUUAGCAAGGAAAUUAAACAGAAAGAGUAUAAUGAAUCAAACUGGAAUAUGGUCAGGACAACACCUCCAUAAGAUUUGAAUUGUAUGCCUCAUCCAAAACGCUGCACCUGUGCAAGAAGACUAUUUCUUGCUAUUAAGCUAAGGCACUACAUUAAAAAAAUACUUGAACCACUAAAAAUAGAGGGGUUUUGCUCAUGCGAUAUAAGAAUGUUGUCCCACUAUCUUCUCUCUUGUUUCUACUAUGGUACCAGAGCAAAGAGAGUACUGUUAGCACAUGCUGAUGUACAAGGAAUAAAAUUUUGAAGAUGCCUUUCUUCCCAGUUUGCCUUUACACUAACAGUUAUUAACUUGUAUUCAGUAUAUAAUUUGUAAAAAUUAUGUAUUUUACCUGUUUUUGAAAUUAUAAGAUGGGAACUUACAGAUAAUAAUACAAUAAGGUGGACCAAACAAGGUGGUAAAUAUGAAAAAGUUCAUAUUACUGACCAAACUGUAAGCUUAUGUUAAAAUACUGGCAUGAGAUUCUUACAAAAUUUUCACAGGUCCUGAAAUAUUUCCUAUAAGCAUAUUUCUUAUAUCCUAUUUUUCAUAUUGCAUAUACGUAAAUAUAUGAAAAAUAAAACCAUUCCAAUGUGGGUAGUGUAGCAUAAACAUUAUAUGUUGUGUUUUGUGUAGGAAUAUUGCUAAAUUGGUAGACGUGUGUCUUAAAUUCUGCAACAUGUGAAGGAAAAAAGAGUGGAUGUCAGUAGGCUGAUUAAAGGUAGACCAGUCACGAUGCUUCAUGGAAUUAAAUAUACUAAUCAGAUUCUGAGCUUAAGGGACAGAAAUAGAAAAAGAAGUGGAGCAAGACUGUGAAUAGUGUUGCUCCCUCUUUUAUCUUUACUUUUCAUGUAUGCAAUUUUAUUAACUUAGGCUUUGCAGACAAAACUGACAUUUUCUAAAGCAUUUGCCCAGGUAAGUUGAGUUAAUUGUUAUUUUUCUCAUUUGCUUUAACUAUUAAGAGUUAAAUAACCAGUAGUGCUUUUUUUGCUUCAGCAAUUGGAAGGAUAUGUGUAUACAGCACGUUGUUCCUGACCGGGGUUGACAGUGCAGAAGUGGAUAAGUGCAAAGGAAAAAAAAUGUGAACGUGUUAUCCUAUUAAGCCAUAGCAAGGCAGCCAGCCCAUCCUUUGUUAGCUUAGAAAACCAAACUAUUCACAGACAGUCCAUAAUAGCAAGUGAGUAUCUGAGAAAAAUGAAUCUUGGCUCAUAGUAAGUAUAAAUACCUUUUUAUUUUAAAUAGCAGCCCUAAGUAUCGGGUAGUAUUUUGUAGAUACUUAAUUGCUGUAAGUCAUCAUAGCUUUUAUAAAAUACAGAAUUUCUGUAUUGUUUUUACACAGUAGAUGCAAUUUAUUCACAAACCUAAACUCAAGUAUAAUUUGAAUUCUUUAAAUAUGAAUAAUAGUGUCCUAAAUAGAAGGGAUUUUGAAGAUGGACUUUUGGUUCCUAAAACUGUAUGUCAUCUUAUUUCCGAAAAGGCAGGGACUUAAAAUGUAGUAAUACAUAUUUUAAGAACUGAAAGCCUGGCUAAACAAAUUUCAAUUUGUUAUUUGUACUGUCUUUAUCUGCAAAGACUAUUUCAGAUGUGGAAGGUGAAGAAUGCUAUGGUAAGACUACAGGGAUAGGAUAUAUUAGUAAAGAAGGAGUUUUACAUACUGCUGAGUAGAGAAGCUUACAAACUGAGUUUGCAGCACUUAAGCUUGGAUAGCUGGGGUAGGGGACUGGGGGCAGUGUCCUCAUCCUGCAUACUAGACCACUCCGAGAAAAGUAGUUUUCCUCUUUAAGGAGGGAAACACUGGUUCUCUCCCUCCCAGUUUAGUGAAGAAACAUAAACAUUUUCUCAGCAUACCUACACUGAACUAAAAACAAGCCUGUGAAAUAUUAAACACUCCCUUUUUUGUUAUCCUUUGCCCAAAUAACUCCUAUGCACCAUAAAUGCCUUUCCUCUAGAAAGUGACCUUGGAAACUGCAUAGUCAGAAAAUAAGGUAGGAUAAAUUCUGUUUCCCCAUUAUAGAGAAUGGAAAACAAAACCUGGAAGCUAGGAUCAAUUUUUUUUUCUUACUGCACUUUAUAAGAAAUGAAAGAUUUUUCUCAAUCAUAAUUUAUAUUCUGUAGUCACACAGAUGCUCUCAAAAUAACUAGCUAACUCACUUCCAAAGAAAAUUAAUUAUGACAAUAUACAACUAUUGCACAGGUUUCUCUUGAUAAGCCGGGUUUCAAGUGAAAUAAAAGAGGUUUGUGAUUUACAUUAUUCUUAUUGCAGUGGGAUUAACAACUCUGAAAUUCAAAAAAUGAGCAUAGGUCGGCUUGACAAUGGAUUGUAGUACUUUGUUGGUAGUACCAUCUUUUACCAUAGAAUUUAUAUUUCCUACUAUUGGAAACAGCAGUGUGUUACAGUGACACUUCUACUAAUUUCAUUUCCAUUUGCCACAUGACAUCUGAAGUGCAUUUCACCUACCUGUUCUUAUGGUCCAUGCUGACAAAGCAUGAUUUAUGUGCUGAAACAAAAACAAAAGUGACUGAGUGCAAGAUACAAUGCCAGUAUGACAAACUCACUGACAAGGAAAGGGCUGAUCCAGCUCCUGUUCAAAUUGGCCGUUUUUCCUUUGGCCUCAAAACAGGAAUAGGAACAGUCCAACAGUUGAGACAACAUCCAUGGCAAUUCAUGAGGAAAAUUUUAGUAAGGACAAAAUGAUUUUAUCCAGUAUAACAGAGAUACAAUGCACAAUAAAAUAAGCUGUCUAGGCCAGUUGUAGAAACUUUAUUUUAUAUACGCAUAAUAAAUACAUGAACAUCCAUUAUAUUGAACUGAUACCACUGAAAAAUGUGAUCAGUAACUUGAAGUAUUCAUUUUACAGAAUUCAUGUUAAAGUCAUCAGGUGGUUCAUUUAAGGGUCAUUUACAGCACAGAGGCUGCUUAUUUCUCCUUUUCUUUGGCAUAUAGAAAACUGCAUAUUUUUAAAUGAGGGUAGAAAUGAACUACUUCGAUGCAGAAAUGACACAUCUUCAAAUAUGAAAUGAAUGUCUAGUCUUAAUAAUACAUUAUUUAUUCUUGUGGACAAGGACUCAGAAUAAUUAAACAGAAAGCAAAAUUAGCUUAGUAAGUAGGCAGGAGCUUUGAUUUAGGUUUAUAAGAAAAUGAAUUUUACAAAUGGUUUUGGCAGAAGUUAAGAAUUGAAACCUGGACCUAUACCUUUUCUUCUCUGCCUAAAAAAAGCAGAAAUACACGUGCAUGUAAAAACCCAUGAAGGCUGAACUAUAAUUUUUGUAUGCAUUUGCUGGCAUUUGCAUUCUCAGUAAAAAUAAUCUUGAGAGCAGUUGACUGACUGCUACCUUAUUAGCCUUUUUAAAAACUAAAGCAAAGAGCAAUCUGUGUGCAGGAAGAUCUUUUAAAUGUAAUAGCCAGAAUGGUAUGCCAGCUAUUCCUCUAAAAAAGUCAGUCAAAACCUAUUUCACACUAUUUGUCUAGUGUCACUUCUUGCUUACGUAAGGGUCCAAAAUAAUGCAAAAUCUUAAUUCCAUGGAGUUUGAAUUUCCUGAAUGUGCUCCUUUAGAGCACAAGUGAUGUUCUUAGUUGCUUAGACAAUAAUCUUUCUAGAGAAUCAGAAAUGCAGUAGAAAUACUAUUGACUGGUGUUUGCUUAUCUUUUGAUGAGCUGAAAAAGCAAGAUCUUGAUUUGAUGUGGUUAUUAAAAAUUCUGCAGCACAUUUCAGGAAAUAAAAUGGUUAAUCACUGGAUCUUAGUACAAUACCGAUUGCUGAGUAAUUUCACUUAUCCAUGCUUUUCUAAGUAUUUAAUUUGGAUGUGCUAUUCUCAUAUCUAAUUGGGUACUCUCAGAUAACUACCAAGUUCCAUCUGAAUGGAAGCUGAUUCUUUGCAGCCACAUAAUUCAUGUAUUAAUUAACUUUGUGAAAUGCUUUAGGGUCUUGUUACUCCUCCAUAUAUAUAAAGUGGCUGCCUGCUUCUUUUUUUUUUCUUUCUGCAGAACGAACAAAUGUUCUAAACAUUUUCCAAAGACAUUUUGGCCUCCUUUUGUUUGUUCUCUGGAAAACAUAAUAGAGGAAAUGAUAAACAAAUGAAAAUAAGAUAUAUACCAGCUGAGAGGGAGAAUAAGAAACACCACUAAGAAAGACAGGUAUUUUUGAUAAUGCACCUCUUUCCUUGCAUGUGUUUGGCAUAAAAUACAUUCUUUGGCAAAAGGACUGCAGAAAUGAGUGUUCAGAAAUUAUUGAAAUAUGGAAUAGUGGUAGCUUGAUAAAAAGAUUUGGAGCACCUUCAUAGAAAAAAUGAGAAAAUGGAGGAUAAUUCAGUAAGAGGUACUCAAAUGAGUGAGCCCUAUUUAUCCAUGGGUUAUCUGCUACAGUGCAUAAACACCAACGCAGGUAGUAUGCUGCAAAGUACAAUCAGUAAGGAGAGCAAAAGGAAGAAUUCACAAGGAAAAGUCAAGCUUUAAGAAUAAUUUAAAAGGAGGAGAGAAGGGGAGAAACCUAAGCAGUGAGAGACUGAGCCAAACAUAAUUGAUAACUUGAUAGAGGAGCAAAGUCAAAACAAAGAAAACAAAGAUUAGUAUGCAACAGAAGAGUUUUGAGAAAUACAAGAAGCAAGACGCAGUGGAAGGCAAUGACAACAAAAUCUGGUAUACAGAUUUAGAGACAAAAAGUCAAAUGCUGUAUCCAAAAGGAGGAAAUAUAUCAGAAGGGGUUGAUAUGGUUGAAACACAGAAGGCAAGGCAGUAGAAGGCUUUUAAUUCAGAAAUGGUUGAGUAUUCUGAGACAUUGUUCUUAUAUAGUCUAAGAAAAGUGAAAUAUUUUAGGUAUGGGAUUUAAUGGGGAGAUAGUGAGCUGUCGCUGAAAAUAUUUAUAGCUAUGCUUUCUACAACAUAUGAUGGUGAAAUUACAGAAAAUAUAUUUAGCACCUAAAAAGACAAUAGUAUCCUGAAAGAACGUUAGACAUUUUACAAAUGUAUUGUGUCACCACACCAUUCUGACUUAACAUUUCUUGUGUCAUUACACAUUAAUAAUUUCCUUCAUGUUUUUCCUUGCUUUUUUUAAAAAAAAAGCUUACUUUGCCUUUUCUGCCAGUGUCCCAUCAUCACAAUAUAGGUUCACUGAACAUGCUUAUUCAGAAAACUUAAGAAAACAAAUGUUUUCAAAUAAAAUCUCCAUUAUAUAGAUAAUAUGAAAAUGAAAUAAAAUUAUUCCUGUAUUUUCAGUUCUUUCUUUCAAGUAGGAUUUUUAAUGCAGCUGUUCCUGCCUCACAACAUGAUCUCAGAAGCAUAUGUUAGAAAAAUAAAAUGUUGUUGUCCAUAUUAUUAUCACAAAGCUUGUCGUCACCCACAUUAUCCUGCAAGAAAUGCUAUUAGGGAUGCCGUUCACAGUGAAAAUAAACACAUUUGAGACAGAUUCAACUACUGCUAUGGUGGGGAGUGAUCUUUCACGCAAAAUUUAGUUAAGGAGUCGCUUAUCGCGAGCUAACCCAAGCACUGCCGUUGGUAGUAAGAAUAACCUAUCGCAUAGACCACUAUGUCGGGAGAUGUUGGCUUCUAUCCAGUGGCUGAAUGCCUUUAUUCGUGGUUAAGGUAAUUGGACUAGUGAACACUCAGCUUCUCCCAAGAAGUGUCCAGCAGUGGACAGAAUUGUCCGUGAUUAAGGGUCUUACCCUGCAAUCCUGAUGCCUUAAAUUAAUCAUUACUCAAGGCAAUGGCACUACUUACAUGACUAGGAUUGAAGGUGAUGAGAUUCCUAACUCAGCACAUCUGAGUUGUAGAACCAACAGAACAAGAACAAACAAAGAGAAGGCAAAGAAAAUGUACGUAGAAAACAUGAGUGAAAAGGAAGAGCUGGUGCCCCACCCUCUUCUGAAAUGGUAAUUCUUAGAGGAGAAAGUAUAAUUUAACAUUUGGAAAUGUGGUAGGGACAACAAAACUAUUUGGAUUAUAAAGGUUCUUUUCAAUGUUUAUUUGAAAAUUAUUUUAAGAUAUCAAUGACAACAUACUGCAUCUGGAAUUUAAAUCAGUAAUAUAUAAAUAUGAAAAUUAACAAACGAAACUGUAGUCUUCAUCACAAACAGUCUAAACAAUCAUCCUAAAUUGUAGCUUUCAUCUACUUUUCCUUUAUUACCAAGCACAAAAAUUCAAAAAACAAACAAACAAAAAACCCACAAAACAAAAACACAGCUUAAAUCAUACUGGUCACCUCGGUCUCACUCCUUGUCUUUGACCACAUGGCAAAAUCCUAUCACUGAGAGCAACUUUGUCCUAUGGCAAUCCUUGUUGGUGGCAAUCACAAUUUUAGGAGUUGGGGAAGGAGAAGGGAUGUUUAGGGUUUUCCUGAGGUUGAAUUGAGAGCAAUCCUAAAAAUAAAAAUGUUUUCUCAAUUACAACUUAAUAAAAGUGAAUAUAACUAAAAUAUCAAUUAUCACAGACAGAUUAUGGGGGUCUGUUAGCUUGCUCUUUCUGUGGUUAUAAAUAUAUGUACCAAUCGACAAAUCAUAGUUAACAUAAGGUAACUCUAAAAAUGAGUUUAACACUCUCAGUAUACUAGCAUACGUAACUGUUUAAUAGAACCUUGAUUUUUAUCUGGAGCUGACAGGCAUUCCCUCACAUCCAUAACUAAAGAUGAAUGUUGGUCCCAGCCCCUGCCUCUGUGUCCCUUAGACCCUCACAUUUGACUUACCGAUCAGGUUAUUCUUCCCACUGAGCACAGAGCUCAGCUGCCUCCAUCAUGUGUUGCCUCACCUAGCCUUGUAGCACUGAAUUUAACACCUUCAGGCAGGCUUGGCUGUCUGUCAAGCUUUGACUAAGGACGCCUGGAAAAAAACUGAGAGAUAGUUGCGUUCUGUAAAUUGACACUGUAAACAUCCCAAAGUGUCUGCUGUGAAAUAAAUACACAACUUUAUCCAGUUCUCAAGAGUGUCUUCCAAAAUGGCAGGGGGAGAACGCCAGUAUUUUCCCAACCAGCUAAUGGACGUAUUAGUGCUCUGGCACAUCCAGUCAUUUAGCCUUCCACAAAAUUAAAAAGUUUUUUGUGGAAGUCAAUGACUAUGUCUUGAAAGAAGAAUUUAUUCCUAGUUGUUUGGCUAGCUACGUAUGACUGCAUACAGUGACACAUACCACGAUUCUCAUAUUGUCUAUUCAAUGACUUAAAAGAUUAUAUUGUAAUCUUAAUUUUUAUAACAAAAUCCACACAUUCCCAUUACACCACAUAGGUUUACAGCCUGAAAAAAAUCACUCAUGCUCUUUCCAACAUGAUUACUUUUACGAUGAUAGAAUUUCACAUUUUAUGAAACAAAUUAAAAGCUUGCAAAUCGAACUAAACCAGAAAACAUGUUAAGACUUUGAAAUGAAUUUCACUAUUUUUUAUUACUUCUUUAAUACAAACCAAUUCUUUCAGGUAACUCGAAUGACAACUUAUCUAUUAACUUGAGAAAACUCACAAGAAAACCAUAGAGUUAUUUUAUUAACUUUUGUUGUACUAAUGUAUGAUGAUGCAUUUGAUGUAUUGAUGAACAAUCAUCGUCUAAGUAUCAUUAUAACUAGCAUCACUUGCAGUCACAAUGAUAUUUAAAGAUAUAUUGCAUAACUGACUUUCAAAACUGCCAAUAGUUUUAACAGUUCAAAUACUUCUAAUUUCAAACAAUGUGAAUUAUCUAUUCCAUAGGUCAUUAAAAUACAAUAGGAAAUCUUUAGAUUAUAUUUUUUUUCACAGAUUGUAUUUUCAAUACUGUAGGAAAAAAAAGCUGUAGGUUUUGGCCAGCCAACUUUCCCAGGAAACACAAUCCCACCAGAUGCUACCCAUUUUAUGUGGCUGCAUAGCCCCUACAUAGUAACUCUACAGCCUGGGAUACAGGCCUUUUCCCUCACUACCAUGCCUUCAAUCACCACUCAAGCUCCACUGCACAGUAGGAGUGAUAACUUCUGGAUUUUAGAUAUUCUGCUCAGUUCAAUACAAAUUUUAGGUUUCAAUACAAAUUUUAGGUUUCACUUUACUGCAAGAAAAUAAUUGACUAAACAUGGAUGGAAAGAUCAUCCCCUGGUUGAGGGUUUGGGGAUUCUAUUCUCUUAUAUUCAGUCUAAACAUUUUUUCAAGAGAAAAAACAAUAAUCAUUGUUUUCAAUAUGUAUAUAAAUUAGAUUGAAUUAGAAAUGCAUGCUUAACACAACAUAGUAAUGUCUAAAAAUCAGAAUCAUAGGCUUGUAAAGUCAGCCAUGGUCCAAACCUUCCACAUACUUCAACAAAAAGUUAGAGAAAGUUAGAGAGCAAAAUUAUCACAGAGAAUCUUUCUCAUCAUCAAAUGUUUUCCCUCCCACACAGAAAAGUGGAGCGCAGAUGCCUUCAGGUUUUAGAAAUGAGUAGAAAAAGAAGAAAAAGCUGCAAGAGCAGAAAAAGCUCUGAUUCCAGAGAAUAUGAACAAUUGCCACCCAUUUGUAAAUGCCAGCAAAAUCUAGAAAGCCUUGAAAAUAAAGUAGAUGAGGAGCUGGCUCACUUCUCUGAGCCAUCAGAUGUAAAGGGUUCUGAAGAAAAUGGAAAAGAUCAUGAAAAUAAGAAUCAGAGUAGCUCAGAUGCAUCUGAAGAUAGAGACCUUGAUAAUGUAUCAGACAGUGAAAAAGAAGAAAAGAAGGAAAAGAACUGCCCUCCUCAACUGUUCUCUCCUCAGCAAAAUGUAAUCCUAGCUACAGUAACUUUUGGUGAGUCAGAGGGCUCAUCAACAGGAAAAAUUACACUGUGGGGCAAACCAGACUCUGCAAAGUCCAUUAGCUUGGCCACAGGAAAAAUUACUGCAGAAGUAAAAUACAGUUCAUUUAAUAUGAAAGUUGAAAUUAAGAACCUUUCUUUGUUUGGUACGGGAACAAACCUUCUAGUCAAAAAAAGGAAAAGUUCAAAGAACAGUAAACGCUGUCAUGAAAGACGAUUCCAGAAAAGUCAGUAUUCAAAAUGUCCUAAAUACCAGUGUCCUUCAACUAACCAUUCAGUUGAUGACAAUGAGAAAUAUACGGUAUCCUCUAAACAUAAAAUCCAAACUGCCACUAACAAGGAUGCCUCCCUGAAAAUGAAUAUUGAAGGAAAAGAAAUUAAAGUGAAAUAUACCAAUAGAAAGAAAAAUCUAAUGGUUAACAUCAGACCUGGUGAACAGAUACAUAGCAAAACCUGCAACGGCAACCAUGAAGAUAUGUAUUGGAGUGAAACAGAUUAUUCUGUAACAGAGGCACCUUGCAAUACAGAUUGUGAGUCAUAUUUUAGCCUUCAUGAAAAGGACAACUGUACAUUCCUGGAUGGAUCCAUACUUCUCCCUCCACCUGAAGAGUUUGCUGACUAUGACAAAAUGCAUUUGGAUACUAUUUCAGAGGGGGUGUCUUUGUACUCUGAUAAUGACAGAAGAGACUCUGACAGCCUCUCUGCAGCCUUGAGAAUUUGGGAAGAAGAAAAUUAUUUCUGUAAACAUAACAAAAAGGAGUAUAAAGACCACACAAGUGAAAAGGAAUAUUUUUCAAAAGAUAAAACAAUUUUCUCAAGUAUGCAUAAUAGAAAUAUUCUAGAUAGUAAUAUCUUGAAUAAGCCAAACUUUGAUAAGGCACUCAUCAAUAAGAGCAGUGGAACAGGUCAAGAAAGAAAUGUCAGCGACAGUGGCAGUGACACUGGACAAAAAGCAGCAAGAAGAAAGUCUUUCCCAGAUACCACCCUUGAUGUACUAUCACCAGUUCAUCUUAGAAGGGAUUCUGGCUUUUAUUCAUUGCCCUCCUUAUCCUUAAAAGUAUUACCUAAGGAGGCCAAACCAGGAGAUGUUUACAGCAAGAACGCACACACUCAUACCAGCGAUACAGAACUUUGUAGGUGUCCUGACUUCACCUCAUCACUGAGAAGUUUGAGAAGUCUUAAGUCUUCAUAUCAGUACGCUUUCACCUCAUUUGAUCAUAAUAUUACCAUUUAUCCAUCUGAAAGUCUAGAUGAUACUUGUUUACUGAAUGAGUAUGCAAACUAUAUAGGGCAAAGUGAAGAAACAUUAAUAAAGACUCUUCAUUCCAGUGAUCCUAUAAAUGAGAAACAAGAAAAUAAACAUGUGGAGCCUCUGAGAAACCUAGCCAUAAGGGAGGAAGAUACAGAGUCUACCAAAAGCAUGUUAGAUGAAGGGACAUCAGAGUACAAUCAUCUAGAAAAGCAUGUAGAUUUGAAGAACAAAGCUCAGCUGACACAGGUCUCUUCACCUUCCAGAAGCCCAUCAGGUGAGCUUAUUAGUGACAAGGAAAGUACUGAUGAUGCAGCUACCAAAUGUGUCCCAACCCACCUUUUAGCUUUACAGCCAAACGUUCAGCUAUCCCCUGCAGAGCCUGCAGUAACAAAGAAAAGGAGGGGAUCAGUAAUGACUGUAAUAACUGGAGAGCUAGAACAAAGACUUAUCAUCCAAGGUGACAACAAGUUGAUACCCGAUUCCUUUGGCCCUGCAAUAAGAAAGGAGCCUAAACUUCCCUGUAGUAUACAAGAGGGAAGCUUGUAUUCUGAGGAGCUUGACACGGAAAAUGAAUUAGAAAGCUUGUCUGAGAUACAGGACGUGUCUGAGAACAUCCCUGAUGAAGCUAAUUGCCAUAAUGAUUCAGCACAGGCUGCCACAUUAUCUACUUCUUCAGCAUAUGCAGAAAAGAAACAGAUUUUCACAGAACAUUCAUGUAUCAAGGAAACAACCAAAAACCUUUGCAGCAAACAAUUAUCCGAUGAUAGCUUAAGAAGAGAGCCUGAAGCCCAUCAGCUACAUCAGUUAGCCAAAUCCAACUCUGAUGAAACUGAGAAAAAGACUGAACUGAAGGAAGAUUUUCAUCAGAAUACAGAUAUCCCCACAUCAUCAAUAAAACAGAUUAGUCAGAAAGACUUGAAAUCAGAAAUGAAUAAGACCAGAAAGCUACCUUUGUUGAAAGACACCAGAGCCAGCGAUAGCUCCCAGGAAGAAGCAAUAGACCAAUGGGCCAGGAGACGGAAACAGUUCAAAGACAGCAAAAAAUGCAGUUCAGCUGGAGGAAGCUCCAUAAACAGCACAAUCACUGAGGGAUCAGUGAAUUCAGAGGAUGCCCGGUCAGUAGAUCUGGGACUACAUUCUGAAAAUGAGGACAGAGGUUUCUAUACAGAAAACUUUCAUUCUGCUUCUUGGGUUUUCAGAGGAGAUGAUGUCUCUCCCAAUAAUAGUCCUAGAUGUCUCAGCAAAAGGCCUAGACCAGUGGCAAUUCGUGAAAGAACAGUGAAGAUUGCUAAAGGAACUGGCAAUUACCCAUGGGGUUUCCGAAUCCAGUUCUCAAAGCCUAUCCUUGUGACUGAAGUUGACACAAACAGUGCAGCUGAAGAAGCAGGGCUUCAGGUAGGGGACAUUCUGAUAGCAGUCAAUGGAACGGAUGUCACCAGCAUGCCACAUUCAGAAGCUGCAAAUCUGGCAAGGAAAGGUCCCGAUAUCUUGACUAUGGUGGUGGGAUCAGAUAUCAGCCGUUACCCUAACACUCCCAGGCCCACCUGUCGGGGAUAUUUGCACAAACGAACACAGUCAGCGAUAUUGAAGGGAUGGAGGAAGAGGUGGUUUGUGCUGAAACAUAAUGGGCACCUCCACUAUUACAGACACAAGAAGGAUGAAGGGAAAUGCAAGCCCCUAGAAGUAACUAAGUUGGAAGGAGCGGAAAUUGGAGUUGAUACCAGUCUGGGUAAACCAUUUGUUUUUAAGUGCAUACCUCAAAGUGGAAACAGGAUUUUCUACUUCUGUGCAACUUCUAACCAAGAAAUGAAGAGGUGGUUGGAGGCUAUGGAUAAAGCAGUGCAUCCUGUCCAUCAGAACCACGUAUGGGUAGAUGUCACACUGCAUAACACCACACUGCCACCCUUGGCUAUCAAGAACCCGGAGUGCCUCGGGCUCCUGCACCAGCUAGAUAGAAACAAGGACGUCUGGGUUCAGCACUACUGCAUCCUGAAGGACGGCUGCUUGUAUUUCUAUGCCACUCUUCGCUCCACACCGGCCCAAGGUGGCCUUUAUCUACAGGGCUAUAUUGUGAGUGAACAGUCUUUGGGCUCAAAGAGAUCUGUAAUUGAGCUCAAACCUCCAUCUGAAGAGUUUAAAACCUUCUACUUAUGUGCAGAGAAUGUGAAUGAAAAUAAAAGGUGGAUUACAGCUUUGAAAGCUUCAAUAAAUAAAUGGUUACCCCUACACCAGGCAAUUCAAGAUUUCAUGAACAGACCACUGGAGGAGACAAGGAUGUAAGAAGAAAGGUCAUUUUCCCUCAAUUUCUGUUUUUCAUUUAAAAUUUCAUGCAAUGUCUUAUAAUGACUCAUCUCAAAAGACACUAGCAACAGGUAAUCUUUUGCAUUGCUAUACAUUCACAUCUUCUGUCAGCAUUAGUAAAUAAAAGCAAAGCAAUGUUGCCUU